GUAUUUCAGGGGGCUGGGAAAACCAAUGUUGCUUUGCUUACAAUCCUUCACGAAAUUGGGAAGCAUUUGAACGAUGACGGAAGCGUAAAGGUCGAUGAAUUUAAGUGUAUUUACAUAGCACCAAUGAAGUCUCUUGUACAAGAAAUGGUCGGUAACUUCACGAAAAGAUUGGCUCCAUUUGGGAUUACAGUUGGAGAAAUGACAGGAGACGCUCAAAUGAGCAAGGAGCAGUUUAUGGCUACACAAGUGAUUGUUUGUACUCCUGAAAAAUAUGACAUUGUGACUAGAAAAGGUGGUGAACGAGCCUAUAGCCAACUUGUGCGGCUUGUGAUUAUUGACGAAAUUCACUUGCUUCAUGAUGAUCGCGGACCCGUUCUUGAAGCUAUCGUUGUCAGAACUUUGCGGCAGGUUGAGCAAACCCACGAUGAUUGCCGUCUUGUUGGUCUGUCUGCUACACUCCCAAAUUAUCAGGACGUGGCAACUUUCCUUCGAGUGAAUUCUGAACACCUGUUCUACUUCGAUAACAGUUACCGUCCUGUACCACUGGAGCAGCAAUAUAUUGGAGUUACUGAGAAGAAAGCCUUGAAAAGGUUUCAAGCAAUGAACGAGGUCGUGUACGAUAAAAUAAUGGAGCAUGCUGGGAAAAGCCAGGUGCUUAUCUUCGUUCAUUCUCGUAAGGAAACAGCCAAGACAGCUAAGGCAAUCCGUGACGCAUGUCUAGAAAAAGACACGUUGAGUGCUUUUAUGAGGGAGGGAAGCGCUAGCACAGAGAUUCUUCGAACUGAAGCUGAACAAGUCAAAAAUUUUGAUCUAAAAGAUUUACUUCCUUAUGGCUUUGCCAUCCAUCAUGCUGGAAUGAACAGACUUGAUCGUACUCUCGUUGAGGAUUUGUUUGCUGAUAAGCACAUCCAGGUACUGUUUUCCACCGCUACCCUAGCUUGGGGCGUCAACUUGCCCGCUCAUACCGUUAUCAUCAAAGGAACCCAAAUCUAUAAUCCUGAAAAGGGUAGAUGGACAGAGCUCGGGGCUCUUGACGUUAUGCAGGUAUAAG